GAAGCAGCUGUAUGAUUUAUUUAUUUUAUUUUUAGUAAACUCUAGUAUUAGUACUAAUGUAAUAUUGCCCUUUAUGUGGAGCGUUAAGAGUAGAAGUGAAACAAGUCAAGCAAAUAAGUUUUAAGUGGCAGAUAUAAAUGUUUUUACGACACACUGAACCAUAAGGAGAUGUUUACACUAUGCGCAAACUUUGUAAGUGCUGUCUGAAUAUAAUGCAGGAAGCCCUGAAAGAUUUUUGAAUAAGAAUUAAAAUGGAAUGUAUCCAAAUUGAUUGUAAUUUGACUUGUACACUGAACACGCCAAUUAGAGCAAUGUAGUAACCAUGGCAACAUAGUUGUGAAGGAUGAAGAGGAGGUUCGGCUUUGAUAGCAGGCAGAGCUGGGAGGUGCUGGCAGCAUGUUGCGUCAUCAAGUUCAUGUCUUUCGGCCUGACAGAGGUCUCCGGUAUACUGAUGGUUUCCACUAUGAUCAGAUAUGACACAACCAGGGAGGCAGCAUCAUUUCCGUACACUCUAUUAUACAGCAUUAGAAAUGGAACUGGUCCUUUAAUUGCAUAUAUUGGACAGAUUAUAGGAAUUCGAUCAGCGACGCUGUUAGGAUGCGUCAUUUCUUCGAUCGCUGUUGGAUCCUGUUUCUUUGCUGAAAAUAUUCUUGAAGUUACGAUAGCCUGGGGAGUCAUUUUUGGUAUCGGAUUUGCCCUUGAAAGCCUUCUACUAAAUGCAAUUCUAAUUGAACAUUUUAAAAAUAAACUUUCACUUGCGAUUGGAAUAACGACGAAUGGUGCCAUUUUCGGCACCAUUUGUUUCGCCCCCUUUAUAGACUACAUUACAAACUAUUGCGGACUAUCAGGUGCUUUUCUUUUGAUUUCUGCAGUGAUUCUACAUGCUCUUCCUGCUGCCAUUUUCAUACUGCUCAACCGACCUGACACAAGUCAACAAUCAAUGAUCAAUCUUACGAAUUCGGAAAUGCAAUGCGUUUGUGGGGACAAAAGCAGCGCCAUUUUAAAUACCGGAAAUCGAAAGAUGAGCGUUGAAUUUGUAGAUUACUUUCGAAAGAAGUCGCCAAGUUUGAGUUCUGCCCGGACUGGUCACACAAAUGAUGAUUCUAAGUCUAUUAAGAGCAUUUAUUCGUCAAACUUCAUUAAGAAAGAAAUGCCAGUGAGCGAAGCAUACAUGCAAUACGAUAAUGAUGCUUGUAUUUUCAACGAACCAAAUCAAUGGACGGAAAUUCCGCUAAAUUCCGCAACAUUAUCAUCAAAUAUUCCUAAUGACAAUGAGAAUGCUCCGAUUGUUGUAUGUCAGAGAUGUGAUUCUCUGGGGUCGAAACUAAGAAAGUUCUCUACUCAAAUAGAAGCUCUGCCAAGUAAAAUCGCCAAUAAGUUAAACUCAAACCAAGUAAUGAUACGCUUAUUUAAGGAUCCAAUUUAUUGGCUAAUUUUAUUAGCGGGUGGCUUGCAUUAUUUCACUCUACCAGCUUGGUUUACUCUGCUAGUAGACUAUGCAAUAGACAUAGGCUUAGAUCCUAUGUAUUCUAAGUAUAUUGUGAUGUACAACAUGAUUGUGGAAUGUUUUGGGUGCCUCUUGCUUGGCUGGGUGGCUGAUUUAGGUUAUGUGUCAAGCAACGGAUUUGCAGCCCUGUGCUUUUUAGGUGAAAGUUUGGCAAUGGUUGUCAUCAUUUGGGCUAACAACAUCGCUUUAUUAGCUUUGGUGAUUGUCCUAUUCCAAUGGUCUCAGACUGGCUUGACGUUAAUUUAUCCAGCUGUUGCCAAAGACUCUAUGGAAAAGACGCUUCAGUCAUCGGCCAUCGCAUCCAUGUUUUUGCUAGCUGCACCACUCGAUUUAUUGAUUUCUCCUCUAGUCGGUUUCUUCCGUGACAAGCAUGGAUCCUAUACUGGGGUAUAUCUAACUCUUGCGUCUGCAGCUAUCUUAGGAGGAAUAGUUCAGAUUUGUGUCUUGAAACUUGUGAAUCGAAGAAAUCAACACAACAUCGCAUAAAAAAAAAAAAUUCUUUCUUUUAACUUCAUAAUCCAAUAAUGAUUACGGAUGGUUGACUGAAUGUAAA